CGGCGUCGUCUGAGCAUGCGCAGGGUGUGAUACUGGACUGCGGCACGGAGGAUAUUACAACGGGAAAUUCAAAGGAGACCACCUUAGUAUUUGACUGUGACACAACUUAUCAGGACCUCAAUAUCAUUGGCCUUUGAAUAGAAAACGAGAACUAUUUAUCUGUUCUUGUUUCUGGAAAAGAUUUUGCACACUGUGAUUGGACAAGCAUUGAGGCACAGGAGUAAAAGUCUCCCAGUGCACUGCCUGUGGGAAGAGGUGCAACAAAUUAUACAGCUGGGGAGGAACAGAAACAUUCACAGUGGGGAGGAAUAGUGCAUGUGUGUGGAUGAGGAUUCAAGAGACACAGGGACACUCUGGCCAUGGAGAAUCCAUGUAAAUGUGUGGACUGUGGGAAGGGAUUCAGCUGUCCAUCUCAGUUAGAACACCAUCAAUGCGCCUGCACCAAGGAGAGGCCGUUCACCUGCACCGUGUGUGGGAAGAGAUUCCUGCAGUUUUCUGACCAGCUGAGACACCAGCGAGCUCAUACUGGGGAGAGACCGUACACCUGUUCCACAUGCAAGAAGGGAUUCAUUCAGCUAUCUGAUCUCCUGCGACACCAACGAAUUCACACCGGAGAGAGGCCGUUUUCCUGCAUGGUGUGUGGGAAGGGAUUCACUCAGUCAUCUCAUCUGCAGUCACAUCAGCAAGUCCACACUGAAGAGAGGACAUUCAAUUGUUCUAGCUGUGAGAAGAGCUUUAAAAGCUCGGAGGUUCUGCUGAGACACCAGCGCAUUCACACGGGAGAGAAGCCAUUCACCUGCAGUGUGUGUGGGAAAGGAUUCACACAGUCAUCCCAUUUAAAGGCACACCAGCGUGUCCACACUGAUGAGAGAACAUUUAAUUGUUCUGACUGUGAGAAGAGCUUUAAAAGCUCAGAGGAUCUGCUUAGGCAUCAGCGCAUUCAUACUGGGGAGAGGCCUUUCACAUGCACUGUGUGUGGAAAGCGAUUCACUCAGUCAACCCACUUGCAGAUACAUGGGCUGGUUCACACAGGGGAGAGGCCGUUUACGUGCUCCAUGUGUGGGAAGGGAUUCACUUGUUCGUCUAGCCUCCUCAAACAUCAGCAAAUUCACACCGGGGAGAGGCCAUUUACCUGCUCUGUGUGUGGGAAGGGAUUCACUUGUUCAUCCACCCUGCUAAUACACCAACGGGUUCACACCGGGGAGAAGCCAUUCGCCUGCUCUGUGUGUGGGAAGGGAUUCACUCAGUUCUCCCAUCUCCAGUCACACAAGCGAGUUCACAAGUGAUGAUGAGGUUUGGAUCCUGCUGCUACAAUAGCUGUUCACUGCAUCAGAACAGACCCGUGAUCAUUCUGAAAGAUGAGUAAUUUUGCUGGUGCCAUUAACUCUUGUCUCUGAUCUGGUCUAAUAUUCUUUUCAUGUCAAGUAAAUAUCAGGUGUUUUUCUCCAAAUGUCUACCAGAUUGACUAUAUUAAGUAAAUGGAACCCAUCUCUGAGCAGAGUUCCUACACCUUGUAAAAAUGUGGAUCUAAAAGAAUUCCAUGUCUCUCAAGACAGAAAAUUCUGUUGCUAUCACUUCAACUUCAAUAUCAGGGGCCGAUCUUCACUAAUCUUUUGUUGGGGUUUGGGAGGGUGUGGAGGGAAUAGCUUCUGAUUUAAUCGCUGUAUUGCCUAACUCGUAACUAUGAUGGAAUAUACUUUGUUGUGGACGCCAGAGGAAAUAAUUUACUAUGUCCAUUCCGUCAGAACCUUCUCUCACUUGGAUUACUUGCCCAGCCCUAACCUCUGUCUCAAGGGCAUAACUGCUGGAUGUGUUUUCCUCUGGAACCUGGACAAUGCUCCCUCUAAGGCCUGAGGACCAGCUUAGAACAAUAUUUCUUUUUCUGGCCAAGGGAAGUCUAUUUCUAUUCCAGCCCCUCAAGAUAAAUAUUCCAUCAGCCCAUAUGGUUAAAUUUUACAUCUGAUCUCUAAGAUGCAUGGGAUCCAUGGUGAACUGGCCAUUUGGAUUCAGAAUUGGCUUGCCCAUAGAAGACAGAGGGUGGUGGUUGAUGGGACUUAUUCUGGCUGGAGGUCCAUGACUGGUGGUGUUCUGCAGGGAUCCAUACUGGGUCCUCUGCUGUUUGUGAUGUAUAUAAGAUGACCUGGAUGAAAAUGUAGAUGGGUGGGUUAGUAAGUUUGCAAGCGAUACAAAGAUUGGUGGUGUUGUGGAUAGUGUAGGAGAUUGCCAAAGGAUAGGCAGGAUAUAAAUCAGUUGCAGAUAUGAGCAGAGAAGUGGCAGAUGGAGUUUAAAUUUUUUUAAAUUUUAUUUACAGCGUGGUAACAGGCCCUUCUGGCCCAACGAGUCCGCACCGCCCAUUUUAAACCCAAAUUAACCUACCCGUACGUCUUUGCAAUGUGGGAGGAAACUGGAGCACCCGGAGGAAACCCACACAGACACGGGAGAACGUACAAACUCCUUACAGACAGUGACGGGAAUCGAACCCCGAUUGCUGGCGCUGUAAUAGCAUCACGCUAACUGCUACACUACCGUAAUCCGACCAAAUGUAAGGUGCUGCAGUUUGGGAGAUCAAAUGUAAAGGAACAGUACACAGUUAACAACAGGACCCUUAAGUGUUGAUGUCCAGAGGAAUCUUGGGGUCCAAGUCCGUUGCUUCCUGAAAGUGGCUGCACAAGUUGAUAGGGUGGUAAAGAAGGCAUAUGGCAUGUCUUCUUUUCCAAGGCAGUGAGCUCAAGAGUCGGGAUGUUGGAGGAAGGAUGAGGAGGCUUUGGAGAGGGUGUAGGAGAGGUUCACCAGGAGGCUGCCUGGAUUAGAGGGCAUGUGCUAUAAGGAGAGGUUGGACAGACUUGGGUUGUUUUCUCUGGAGCGGCGGAGGCUGAGGGGAGACCUGAUAGAGUUUAUAAGAUUAUGAGAGGCACAGGUAGAGUGGACAGUCGGUAUUUUUCCCCAGGGUUGAAACGUCUAACACUAGAGGGCAUGCACUUAAGGUGAGAGGGACAAGUUUUUGCAGAGUGGUGGUGGUGGAAGCAAAUACAAUAGAUGCAUUCAGGAGGCUCAGGUAAGCACAUGAAUGUGCAGAGAAUGGAGGGAUAUGGACAUUUUGUAAGCAGAAAGGACUGGUUUAGUUAGGCGUUUAAUUAUUUUGGCACAACAUCAUGGACUGAGGGGCCUGUUCAUGUGCUGUAAUGUUCUCUCUUCUAGCUUUUAAUAAUUGGCAUCCAAAUCCCAUUAUGUCACAAUUCUCAGUCUUUCAAUCCACUGAUAUUGGAUUUUUAAAGAUUUUAAAAUUUGAAUUUUAUUUAUAGCGUGGUAACGUUAAGUUUCUUGCUAAAUGCCUAUUGUAAUCACAGAAGGACAUGAAUGUACAUCAUGGACAUAAGUGCUGACCCAAAAUGGAAUUUGGGUUAAUCCCACUUCCAGCUCUUGGUCUAUUGCCUGUGGACUAUCGCCAACCCAGGCAAUUUCUGUCAAUUUCUUGUGGGUUCCUGCUUCACCAUCCUUUCAGGCAGUGAGUUCCAGACCCACCACACAUUGAAUGAAAUAAUAUUUAUUAACUCCACUCAAAAAAAGUGGAAAAUCCACCAAUUUUCUUUCAUUUAUGUCACCUAGUUACCGACCUCCCUGCAAAGAGAAUUGGUCCUUGGUACUUUCCCAUGUCCAAGCCUUCAUAACUUUGUACGCUUCGAUUGGUCUUUUGUCCCUUAUAAUUGUCCAGCUCUGACCAUAUGGAGUAAAUCUCUGCACCUUCUCUGUUGCCAUCACAUCCUCCUUGUGGUCUGGUGGAGAGAACUGCACACACAGUACAUUCUUGCCAAACCAGUGUUUUGUACAGAUUGACAUAUCCUGCCUGCUUUAGUAUUUAUGACUGGCCAAUCUCAUUUUCUGCCUUGGCCAUUAUUAUCUACCUGUUCUACUGCCUUCAGGGUUUUGUGGACAUGCACUCCAUAUCCCACAUUCCAGUGUAUCGCGGAUGAAUAUAAUGGUCCACCAUGCAGGUGGAAAGAUGUUAGUUUGUCAGUCACUGUUAGAUGCGUGUGUGCAUAUUCCACUGGCUGGUAGGGAUGCCAGGUGAUUAAGCCUUGUCCUGUUGGUGCAUAGCCUGUCCUUCAAGAAGUGCUCACUUGCACCUCCAUAUGGUGACAGGGAACCUUGUGGUCUGAGGCUGAUGCUUCAGGAAGAUUUGGGAGGUUCAGUCCCACAUAUGCAGCCCACGGGGACAGACGUGAGGACCCCAUGGUUGUAGUGAAUCAAUCCUCAGCUAUGGAUAAAUUGCCCCAUUGUCUGUUGGUACCUUGGCAGAUAGAGGUUACACCCUUAGUUUUCCUGGUGAUAUAAUAUUAAGUGAUGUCCAAAGGCGAAUGAUGCCUAACUGAUGCCUGCUGAGUUCCUCCAGCACAUUUUGUGUAUUGCUCCAGAUUCCGGCAUCUACAGAACUCUGUAUCUCCAUCUUGCUGCUCCACUCCGAAGUCCCUUCCAGGGAUGCCUACCCUGAAGUUUUCCUCCUCUCUUUGACGAGAGUUCUGUGGGACCCUCUCUCACUGCUCCCCUUCCGUGCAGCUAAUUACAUCUU